AUGAAUUUACAACACGAACCCCCCAAAAUAGAGCCUGAGUCAAGCUCCAGUGAUACCAUCACCAACUCCACUACGCAGAAAAUUACCAAAAAUACUACCGCCAGCACGACUGGGUCGAUGCUACGGCUCUCACUAUGCGUUUCGUUUUCCGCAUGGAUCUCGAAUUUUGACAACGGCUAUUCCGGCACAGUCCUGAUCAUGCCUUCUUACAAACACGCAUUUGGAAGCUGCGAGCAAGUCCUCGACCCGAACACCUAUGCUGAAAUCCAGCAUUGUUCGUUGACCCCACUGCAACAAUCCCUCAUCAGCCUCAACUUCCUGUUCAUCGCCAUUGGAGGCGGUAUUGCUGGUGUGACUGGUCAGUACAUCGGACGCAGGGGGUCAAUCCAGGCUGGAUGCGCAUUGGCUAUUAUUGGUGCAGCUGGAAUGCUUGGCACCAGCGGAAGCUUCUUGCGCUACAUGGUGUGCAGAUCAAUAAGUGCUGUUGGAAUUGGACAGCUGAUGGCAGCAAGUGUGACCUAUGGCUCUGAGUGCAUCGUUGCCAACAAGCGUGGCCUGUCUUUAGGCUUGUAUAAUGUCGGACUUGCCGGGGGUAAUGUUGGUGCUUUCGCAGUAUGUGCGGGCUCUGCUCGUCUGGAGCCAACAAACGAUUGGCAGUGGAAGACACCCAUUUUAUGCCAAAUACCGCUGGGAGUGAUUCUCGGUGCUGGUAUUCUGAUGCUCCCUGAGUCUCCGCGCUGGCUUAUGGGACAUGGUCGAGAGGAGGAGGCGCGGAAGUCGUUUGGCGUGCUCUACAACCAAAGUCCAUAUUCGCCGGAAAUCACUGCGCAGAUUGACGAUAUCCGAACUAACCUUGCGACCGAGCGUGUAAACCUCAGAGCCGUUUCGUGCUUUGAUAUUUAUCGCAGGAAGCAUAUCGUUCGUACCAUGACAUCUGCCAUGAUCAUGGUUGGAAUUGCCAUCACUGGUAUUCAGUUCGUACAACCGUACGCUACACUGUUUCUCAAAGGAGUUGGCAUCAGCGAUCCAUACUUAAUCAAUGUCAUUAUUGGCUUGUGUAUCCUUGGAGGAUCAUUCCUUGGCCCGUUUAUUGUGGAGUACGGCGGAAGGAGAAUUGCCAUGAUUUGGGGCUAUACUGUCAUGGCUGCCUGCAUGCUCGCUCUUUCCUCUGUGAGCACCGCUCUUGGAAUGGAUGAAACUGCCGAUAUUGUGACGGUUGUUCUUCUGUGCUUGUGGGCUUUUGUUUUUGGCGCAACUAUUGCCGCGAGUGCUAAUCUAUCUUCCGUGGAGAUGCACAGUGUUUCGCUUCGCACCUUCGGACAAGCCAACACAACAAUAUUUUAUGGUAUAUUUGCCUUUGGUGCUACAUUUUGGACGCCUUACAUGUUAGGCGCGGAGUACGGGAACAUGGGUCCCAAUGUGGGAUAUUUCUAUGCAGGUGUCACUGCUGUCAUCGGGAUUUUAACCUUCUUGUUCGUGCCGGAGACUGCUGGAAUCACGCUGGAGCAGAUCGAUGAGGGUUUCAAUUCAGGAAUAAAGGCAUGGAAAACGUCUCUGCACAAAAAUAGAGCCAUUGCUUCCUCUCAGCAACGGAUCAUGGCAGGUGGGAAGGUUGGAGCUUAA